GAUGUAUAAAGCGAGCCUGGUUUCCCUGCUGUGUCACCUUCAUCAUCCAGCAACACCAAUCAUCACUCAGACCAGCAAACACAAACCCAAGCAACAAUCUUCAACACUCUUCUCACAGAGACAUCUCAAACACUCAAUCAAUCACACAAUGGAAUUCCUCGUCCGCAAGAUUGAAUCCAACCUCCACAAGUCCGGCAUGGCAGACAACACCCCAGUUCAAGCAACAACCUCAACCUACGCGACCAAGCACCUCCUCCACCCAGCUCUGCAAUCCGACAGUGCCAGCUCCACCUACUCGCAAAAGUCAUCCGCAUCCAGCACUCGCCGAGACUUCACCUCAUUCCUCUCCCGCUCCAACAGCUCCGAGAAGAAAUCAAACAACUCCUCCCGCGCAAAUUCGACAGCAAGCAAACGCUCCACCCGAGAAUUCGUCUCAUCCAUGUCAGCUUACCCAUGGGUCACCGGCAGCUCCGAAAAUGGGCUGACAAGCUCUGCAGCCAGCUCGGUUCGCUCAAAGGGCGAGAAAAAGCGCAGCGAAAAGGCAAAGAAGGACGAAGAGGUGUGGCACUGGACGUUCCCAUGCCUCUCUGGAUGUGUUUAGGGUAUUGAGUUCCUCUACAUUGUGAUGGCAAUCUGGCACAUAGGAGCAAGCGAAUCAUUGAGGAGCAUUUGGGCGGCGUUGAAUUUGAUGCAUCUUCGAUAGCAUUAGUAGUCCGGC